AUGGCAUACAGUGUACUUAACCUUAUGGUUGCCAGCUACUCGUAUUUCACUGUUUCCUCUUUCCUGCUUCACCAUUUUCUUCUUCUAUCCUACCUUUCUGGACAUUUUUCUCUCUCAAUGGCUCUGAAGAAAGAUACUAAGGCUGUACCUUCAUCAAAGCAGGGUAAACCUGGUGGUGGAAAGCAGAAGAAGUCAUUAACCUACUCAGGCAAUGUAAUUUUCUUAGCUUCUGCAGCUGUUUGGACUAAACGUUGUAUGUUUCAAAUUAGUAUUAAAAAUCUUGUUACAUUUAAAUCAGAUACAGUGCUUCCAUUGGAUUAUGGAAUUUGUGAUUGCUCUAAAGCUGGAUCCGAAGAAGGCAAGAACAAGGAGCUCCAAGAUGCACAUAGAAUGAAGAGAAAACAUACUCCAAAUGAAAUGCAAAACAUUACUAGCUUCUUUACUAAAAAAAAUCCUACUCCAACUUCUCUUCCACAUCCAACACAAAAUGAACAAACUAUAACUCCACCUCAACAAAGUGAGCAACUUUCAUCUCCAUCUCAUUAUUCAACUCAAAAUUCCCCUCAAAAUGAACAAGGCCAAUGUUCUCCUAAUGCCCCAAUCUUUGGAGAAAGAUUAAGUGAACAUGAAUUUGCUAAUCUUCCACAAGAUCCAGGAAAGAGGAGAAAAAUGAGUCAAUUUCAUAAAGAUGAUAGAGAUUUAGUGAGAAGAAUUUACAUUCAAAGAAAGCCUUGUCAGCCCAAAGACUUUACAUUUCCUCAAACUUCUAUUUUUGGCAAAAAUCGUCGCUUUUGUGCUAAGUGGUUUGAUACUUGGACUUGGCUUGAGUAUAGUGUGGAAAAGGAUGCUGCCUAUUGUUUCCCUUGUUAUCUAUUCAAGGAUGAAAAUGCCUUUGGAGGUGAUGCUUUUGUUAGUGAUGGUUUCAAAUCAUGGAAUCGAUCGGAUUUAAUAAGAAAACAUGUCGGUAAACACUUGAGUGCACAUAAUAAUGCUGUUUUAGCUAUGGAUUUGUUCAAGAAACAAAAUUCAAGCAUCACACAAGCCUUAACAAAACAAACCGCUGAGAGUACAAAUGCAUAUAGGACGCGACUUGAAGCUUCAAUUGAAUCUAUCCAAUGGCUUUUACUCCAAGGGUUGCCUUUCCGUGGUCAUGAUGAAAAAGAAAGUUCCUUAAGAAGAGGUAACUUUCUUUCACUUUUAUCCCUUAUUUCCAAAGGUAAUCCUGAAUAUUCUAAAGUUGUUUUCAAAAUAGCAUGGGAGAUCAAAUGUUGA